CAGGGAUUUCACGAUGGUUUUGGGCGACUUAUUCACUUCCAGACACCAAUGGGAGAAUGUGGACAAAAAUGGAUUGCCGGACUCGGUUCCCGAAGUAGAUGAAGUGGGAGCCACUUCGGCACCUUUAUUAUCGGCAUCAUACUAUAUUGGAGCCAAGUGCAAGCCAUACAAUGACGAUUUUAUGUUGUGUAAAGACGAGAAAAACGGGGGAACAUUAGAUUGCUUGAAAGAAGGAAGACGAGUCACGAGAUGUGCCAUUUCUGCCUUGAAGGAUAUCAACAAGUACUGCUUUGAUGAGUUUAAGCUUCACUACGAGUGUCUCGAACAAGAGAACCACAGAAUGGGUCACUGUAGAGCUUCAGAAUCUGUUUUAAACAAGUGUCUUUUCCAGAACUUGCAGUUUGAGAAGAAGAUUCCUGGUGUGGAACAGCAGAUUCACUUGAACCAGAACCCUAUUUACCAGGGCACUUCCAAUGACAAGAAGAAGACAGCCGAGUUUGUUAAGGCCAAAGAAGCUGCUUCGUAGACAUUGUAUUUAUCAGCACGAGUAUCAUGACACUCACAUUAUAGUUCAAUGGUAGCAGAACACGAGUCCUGUUGCCUCUGCAUUUCAUUUCAUGACUUGGAAUUCAUAUUUAGAAAAUGUAUAUGAAUCAUCGUU